UCUCUCCAAACGCACGACUUGUACUUUACAAAGAAACAGACAUUUAAAGACAGCAUAAACCAGUACAAAGUUAGAUGCUCCAAAAUGUCACAGCAAAGCAGAAUCAUUUGGAUAUUCCUCAUAAUAUCGGCGUUGGCUGCAGUGAAUUGCCAGUUGGAAAAGAAGUUAGUAGAGAUGUUCAACGACGACACCAGUAACGAGGGUGACACGCCGGAGAAGAACAGGUGUCUGUCGAUCCAGGCGGACAUCAACGCCUGCUACAGCUGCUACCGCUGCCACGACAGCGUCAUCACCAGGAGGCCCAGGGACGGGUUUGUCAAGCUCAAUUUGACGGACAGCAAGUGUGAAUCGGAGGAGUUCUGUUGCAUAGACCAGAGCUCGCAGGCCGUGAGGAGCAAGUCGAAGUGCGGCGAGUUGAACCCGGAGGGGUAUCCGCGCAGCGUCCGCGACAGCCUGCGCAGCGUGCUGCCCGCCGAGUACCCAUGGAGGGCCUGGCUUUACAACUCGUCCCAGCUGCUGUGCGCGGCGACGUACAUGAACGAGGACACGAAGGUGCUGGUGACGUCCGCGUCCUGCGUCAAGGACAACAUGGUCGGCCCGCUCUACGUCCGCUUCACCAGGGACGGGAAACCCACUCAAGUUACGCAGAAGAUAAAACACCCCGAGUCGGACCUGAUGAUUCUGCAAGUGAGCGAGCUGCCGGGUGUGUCGUGGCUGCUACCGUGCUGCCUGCCCGACGACUCACCGCCGCUCUUCGGCACCACCUGCAUCGCCAUCUCUGACGAUGAUCACUUCAUAUACACAGCGAUCCCUAAGCCGGAGGUGUGUGCGAGCGCGUUGAAGGGGGCGGGGGGCGGGGCCCGCGAGCUGUGUGCGGUCGCGCCCAGCACGGACUACCGCCCUGAGCCCGGCAGCGCCCUCAUGUGCCCAUCCCUCCACACCAAAACCGUGAAGUAUCAGAUAUACGGUAUAGCACUCGAGACGAACGCGGAGGGAUAUACUCGGUACACCAACAUACACAAGGUGACGGACUGGGUGGAGGAUCAAGUGGAGAACCUGCAGCCCCCGGUCAGCAACGUGUACAGACCUCCUAACCGAGGGUACAAUGGAUAGAACUGGCCCUUAUCCAAGACAAUUUACUUUACCACUUCUUUGUGGAAUCGCCGAUCGAAAUGUAUGGAAUUGACAUAAGCGUUCGUUAAUAUGACGUUGACGUUCG